UGUGACACGUUCCCGCGGGCAGUAAACUUGCCCGGCGAGAGGGAAACCGACUAAACCCAGGCGCGGGUGGCACGAUUCAGGGCACCUGGGCGCAUGAAAGUCCCAGCGGACUCUCCCGGAGAGGAGACCAUGCCCCCCACGUCUCCCUACAACUUCCCCCUGACCCCCGGCGCGAACCACGGCAGCUUCGUUCCCGAGCUGUCCGAAAGGGAUGUCCUGCCAGCCUCCGACGGGACCCCCGCCGAGUUGGUGAUCCGCUGUGUGAUCCCGUCCCUCUACCUGCUCAUCAUCGCGGUGGGCUUGCUGGGCAACAUCAUACUGGUGAAGAUCUUCAUCACCGACAGCGCCAUGAGGAGCGUCCCCAACAUCUUCAUCUCUAACCUGGCGGCCGGGGACUUGCUGCUGCUGCUCACGUGCGUCCCGGUGGACGCCUCGCGCUACUUCUUUGACGAGUGGAUGUUCGGUAAGGUGGGCUGCAAGCUGAUCCCGGCCAUCCAGCUCACCUCCGUGGGGGUCUCCGUGUUCACUCUCACUGCCCUCAGCGCCGACAGGUACAGAGCCAUCGUAAACCCCAUGGACAUGCAGACGUCAGGGGCAGUGCUGUGGACCUGUGUGAAGGCUGUGGGCAUCUGGGUGGUCUCUGUGCUGUUGGCAGUUCCUGAAGCGGUGUUUUCAGAAGUGGCACGUAUCAGUGGCUUGGACAACAGCAGCUUCACUGCGUGUAUUCCCUACCCUCAGACGGACGAAUUACAUCCCAAGAUUCAUUCAGUGCUCAUUUUCUUGGUCUAUUUCCUCAUACCGCUUGCUAUUAUUAGCAUUUAUUAUUAUCACAUUGCAAAGACCUUAAUUAAAAGUGCACAUAAUCUUCCUGGAGAAUACCACGAACAUACAAAAAAGCAGAUGGAAACACGGAAACGCCUGGCUAAAAUUGUGCUGGUCUUUGUGGCCUGCUUUUUCUUCUGUUGGUUUCCAAAUCAUAUCCUCUACAUGUACCGGUCUUUCAACUAUAAGGAGAUUGAUCCGUCUCUAGGCCACAUGAUUGUCACCUUAAUUGCUCGGGUUCUGAGUUUUUGCAAUUCCUGUGUCAAUCCCUUUGCUCUUUACCUACUCAGUGAAAGCUUCAGGAGGCAUUUCAACAGCCAGCUCUGUUGUGGGAGGAAGUCCUAUCGAGAGAAAUCAACCAGCUACCUACUCAGCUCUUCAGCAGUGCGCAUGACAUCUCUGAAAAGCAAUGCUAAGAACGUGGUGACCAAUUCUGUUUUACUAAAUGGGCACAGUAUGAAGCAGGAAAUGGCACUGUGACUUUGGCCCUUCGACUCACUACCUGGAGAGAACUU